AUGGGGCAUGGGGCACGACCAUCCUCCUUCCUCCCCCACUCCUUCCCUCCUCUUUCCCCCUCCCUAAUUCCCUUCCACCCUCCAUUUCCCCCUCAGGAGCUGGGCACGAAGUCCAGGCCAUUCGACUACAUCCCGUCCUGCAUUCCUCGCUACCCCCUCCUAACACCCUUCUACCCCUUCUUUGGCUUCUCCCCCCUUCCCCUCCCCCUUCCCCCCCAGGAGCUGGGCACCAAGUCGAGGCCAUUCGCCAACAUCGCAGGAGUGUGCCGGCGCUGCAGCGAGCAGAUCGCAUGGCGCCGCAACCCUCGCUCUCUCCCUCCACCAUCCCCCCCACACCCCAUUCUCAUCGUCCUUGUCCUCCCCUCCCCACUCCUGGGCGCAGUGCCUGUAACUCGCUCUCCUCGCCUUUCAUCCAGCCUUCCUCUUUCCGUUCUCUCCCUUGCCCAACCAACCUCUCCUGGGUCCACCAAUCACAGCGGAGCAUGUGGCAAGAGGAGUGUGAAAGACGCAUACCAUGCCAUCUGCAAAGGCUCUUGGGAGGCUGAGGGAGAGGGAGAGGCGAAGCCUUUUGCGUGCGGUGCUCAAAAUGCCCAGGUGCUCAAAUGCCCAGGUGCUCAGGUGCCCACGUGCUCAAAUGCCCAGAUGGAGAAGGGCAAUGCAGGGGCGGCGAACAGCGUGGCAAAGAAAGCAGCGAAGAAAGCAGCAAAGGGAGACGAUAGUGAGGAGGAUGAGGAUGAUGAUGAGGAAGAUGAGUGGGAGGAGGAUGAGGGGGAGGAUGAGGGAGAGAAGGAUGAGAACGAGGGGGAGAAGGAUGAGGAGGGAGAGGAGGAUGGGGAGGAUGGGGAUGGGGAUGGGGGCGAGGCAGGGGAGGGGAAGGAGGAUGAAGCAGAUGAUAGCAAGGGUGGAAGCAAAGGUGGUGGAACAGCGGACGGUACCGAGACUAAGAAGGAUGACUACACAUGA